ACCCGGGCAGCAGCCGCCCCCCACCCGAGAGCCGGGACCGGGUCGGCGCGGCCUUUGCGCCCUCCCUCGGGCCUUGGGGCCCCGGUACUGACGGGCGCACCCCCGCCCCGGCCUGGCAGGCCUCGGUGCACACGCGUGCUGACCUCUCGGGAAACGUGGGGCCCCGCGCCGGGAGGGCCGGGGCUCCGGAUCCGGGGGGGCUGCGGGGCGCCGAGCGGCACCGGCGACCCCACGCGGUCCCCAUCUCCGCCCGGCCCGCCGGGGGGACAGCGGCGGCGGCGGCGGCCGGGCCCCGGGAGGCGAGGUGUCCGGGCCGAGGGCCGGCCGAGCGGAGAACGGAGGGCGGAGCCGCCCCGCCCGCCCCGCCAACCCUCCGCGGCGCUCGGCCCGCCGCCCGCAGCCCUCCCGGCCGCAGCUGCAGCGUCCGGGGCCUCCAGGAUGGUCUGGCGCUCCUCGGGCGCGGAGUCCGAGGAGGAGGGAUGCACCUGCCCGGUGUGCCGCUGGACCGUGGCGACCCUGAGCGUGGCCCGCGCGCCCGCGCACACCAGGCCGCGCCGCCGGCAGCCCUAGUGCACCAGGGACUGCUGACAUUCAGGGAUGUGGCCGUAGAAUUCUCCCUGGAGGAGUGGGGACGCCUGACCCACACUCAGCGGCAACUGUACAGGGAUGUGAUGUUGGAGAAUUACGGACACCUCCUCUUCCUGGGUCUCAUUGUGUCAAAGCCAGACCUGGUCUCCUUUUUGGAGCAAAAGAAGGAACCUUGGAAUCUGAAGAGAAGGAAGACGGUAGCCUUCCACCCAGCCAUAUCUUCACAUGACAUCCAGAGCUUCAUGCCAAAGCCGAGCAUAGAAGCUUCUUUCCAAAAAGUGUCAAUGGGUAGACACAAAAAUAGUGACGUUGAGGAUUUACACUUAAUGAUAGACCGGGACAAUGAUGGGAAGAGUGAAGGGUAUCAAAGAUUUCAUGAAGGACAUAUCCAAACUCAGACAACUGCCCAUAAUAAGAAUCUCACUGUCCCAAGUGGUGAAGGAUAUAAAACAUUUUGGAAAACCUCCCUUUUUGAGUCCACUGUUUCCAAAAGCCAGUGUGAUUCUGCAAGUAAAACCUCAAAUCAAAUAUUCAGACAUACAUAUUUAGGGAAAGACAAUUUGGAAUGUCUGGAAAGUUACUUAGUCCAUGCUGAAAGUAAUCAUUUGAGCCAUUCUGAAAAAAGGAUAGGAUUGAUUGUUCAGUCAAAUAUUUCUGAAAAUCCGAGAUUUAAAAAUGAAGAAGAAAGUGCAAAGUGGGAUCCACUGGAGAGGUCCUUCACCGAGGAGUCGACCCUUCAGGAUGACCAGAGCAGUGUCAACGGAGACAGAAUUGCUCAAUGCACUGAAUCUGAGGAGACAUUCAAGCAGAGCUCAGAUGUUGAUAAACAUCUGAGGACUCGUGUUCCAGGAAAUGAUUAUGAAUGUAAUAAACGUGGGGAAGUCUUUUAUCAAAACUCUGACCUUAUUAUACAUAAGAGUAUGAAUACGGGAGAGAAUCCUUACAGUGAAUGUGGGAAAGCUCUUAACCCGUCGUCCAAUGUUGGUGAUCAUCAGAGAAUUCAUGUGGGAAAAAACCCACUUGGAUGUAAAAAACCUGGGAACACGUUUAGUCAAUCAUCAAGACUGAAUAUACCUAAAAGUUACAUUUUUAAGGAAUGUGGCAAAGACUUUGACUGGCACUCAACACUACCUCAAGAUGAGGGGAUGCAUACUGGAGAGAAACCGUACAGAUGUGAAGAAUGUGGUAAAACCUUUAAGGUCUGCUCAUCAGUGAAUAGACAUAAGCGAAUCCAUACUGGAGAGAAACCUUACAAAUGUGAAGAAUGCGGCAAGGCCUUUAACCAGCAGUCAAGCCUUACUGAACAUCACAGAAUUCAUAAUGGAGAGAAACCUUACAAAUGUGAAGAGUGUGGCAAGGCCUUCAGCCAGCGCUCACACCUUAUUAGUCAUCACAGAAUUCAUACUGGAGAGAAACCUUACAAAUGUAAGGAAUGUGGCAAGGCCUUUAACCACCACUCAGGCCUUACUCAGCAUCACAGAAUUCAUACUGGAGAGAAACCGUAUAAAUGUAAAGAAUGUGGCAAGGCCUUUAACCAUGACUCAAGUCUUACUCAGCAUCACAGAAUUCAUACUGGAGAGAAACCUUACAAAUGUCAAGAAUGUGGCAAGGCCUUUAACCAGCGCUCACACCUUAUUAGUCAUGAGAGGACUCAUAUUAGAGAGAAACCUUACAAAUGUGAAGAAUGCAGCAAGGCCUUCAGCCAACACUCACACCUUAUUCGACAUCACAGAAUUCAUACUGGAGAGAAACCUUACAAAUGUGAGGAAUGUGGUAAGACCUUCAAUAGGCAUUCAUCUCUUACUCAGCAUCACAUAAUUCAUACUGGAGAGAAACCUUACCAAUGUAAAGAAUGUGGCAGAGCCUUUAACCAGCACUCAAGCCUUAUUCACCAUAACAGAAUUCAUACUGGAGAGAAACCUUAUAAAUGUAAAGAAUGUGGCAAGGCCUUUAAACAUGACUCUACACUUACUCAGCAUCACAGAAUUCAUACUGGAGAGAAACCUUACAAAUGUAAAGAAUGUGGCAAGGCCUUUAUCCAGCACUCACAACUUACUAGUCAUCAGAGAAUUCAUACUGGGGAGAAACCUUACAAGUGUAAAGACUGUGGCAAGGCCUUUAACCACAACUCAAGCCUUACUUACCAUCAUAGAAUUCAUACUGGAGAGAAACCUUAUAAAUGUAAAGAAUGUGACAAAGCCUUUAAACAGCACUCAAAACUUACUCGCCAUCACAGAAUUCAUACAGGAGAGAAACCUUAUAAAUGUAAAGCCUGUGGCAAGGCCUUUAAACAGCACUCACACCUUACUAAUCAUUACGGAAUUCAUACUAGAGAGAAACCUAAUAAAUGUAAAGAAUGUGGCAAGGCCUUUAACCAGUGUUCACACCUUACUCAACAUCACAGAAUUCUCACUGGAGAGAAACCUUACAAGUGUAAAGAAUGUGGCAAGGCCUUUAGUCAGUGUUCAGCCUUACUCAUUAUCAAAGAAGUCCUAAUAGAGCAAAGCUUAAAAAUUUUAGGGCAGUGAGAGAAUUUUUUUUCUUUAAACAAGAAGUUAAACAACAAUGCACUUGACUUGAAGGGAAAAUGAUCAACAUUCAUUUCUCUUAGAGUAAUUUAUCCCUACUUUAAGACCGAUUGCCCCACAUGGAAAAGCUGUGUACAGACAAAUCGCAUAGAAUUGUCCUUGGUUCUCUAAUGGUAAAUGAAAAACAUUAAAAUGACCCAAUCAAACAAGGUAUGCAAGAAUUUUUAUGUUCUUUUUUGUUGUUGUUGUUAAAUAGAGCAAAAUGACUUUUGGAAUAUAACGAUAAGAGCUGAAUGACCAUGCCAUUAAUGGAAAAACAAAGGAGUAUUUUCACAGAUCCAGGUUUUCCCAAGGCCAACCCACCACCUCUUGAUGUUGAUUAAACCGAACCAUUGGCCAUUUUGUUUAAAAGAAAAAUACCAUAUGCUUGUGCACAUACACAGCUCCUUCAUGUCCAAUCAAGGAACAGGGAAGAGGAAAAUGAAAGAACAGAGAAAACUGUAUGUAGUGGUCAGGAUGUGGUGGAACCAAACUGUGGUUUUCUGAUUGAGACUGUCUCCUCUGUCUGGAGGAGUAGAGUUCUGCAGUGAAGUAGCACGUUGCCUUUUUUAGUUGACACCUCCUGUCUGCUGCUGGAACACAUCAGUUGUAUCUUCCUCCUCCGUUUCCAUCUGUGCCGGUGUAUCUGCUUCCUUGAGUGCGUGCCCAUCAAAUCGGAAUCUGAUCCGCCUCUUUGACAAACCCUGUCAUUCACAGUCGUUUUCCAUGAGUUUGCUAACCACAGUCUUGACUCCUUCCUUCGGCUUCUUCUUGGCCAUUGGGGGUGCCAGAAUCUUCCAGCUGCUGCUUCUCAGAAGAGAUACCAGGUCCCCAGUAAGAGCACACAUGUAACA